UCUAGUGAAUUUAGUGUUAAUCAGUCUCUGUCUGUUGGUGUUUACAGUGAUGAUGAGAUUAUCUGCAGCUGAAGAAGUAAAGAAGAAUCUGAUCGGAGCUGUUGGUGGAAACCUCACUUUCCCAGAUCCUCUGCUGGAGUUUGGAUUUCUUUUAAAAGGAAGAAUCGUUGCUUCGAUAAAUGAUGGAAAACUUCAGACUUUUGAGGAGAUUUACAUGAACAAACUUCACUGGAGCAAAACCUCUGGACUCUUUAUGAUCACAGACAUGCAGAGGAGCGACUCAGGAAUUUAUACCAUUGACUCUAAAAAAGGAAGAGUUUUCUAUACUUCCUACAAUCUAACAGUUUAUGAUGCUCCUCCGACUCCUGCAGUAGAAACUCUGACUGUGAGCUCUGAGAUCUGCUGGUUGAUCUGUUCUGUGGACAAUCUGACGCCUCUGCUGUGGUACAAAGAUGAGGAGAUACUGAACCAGAGCAUUUCUGCUGUCUCUUUAUCCAUCACUGUCUACAGAAAUGACAGAGACUCGUCUUAUAGAUGUGUAGCAGCCAACCCUGCAGGAAACAAGACUCUACAUGUUAACCUGACGACAUUCUGUUGGUUUAAUGAGACAGAAAGUUCUGAUCAUCAAAGUCAAUACUGGGCUCCACUGGUCUUCAGCAGCUUUAUUCUGAUCUUUACUCUGGUCGUCUGGAUGAUGAUCAGGAAGGAAAACGCAACAAGACAAACAUGCGGCAAGUAUUGA